AUGGGUACCCCGGGGCCCUUCAAAUCUCAUUCUUCUCAACACAGUCGGAGUAGUUACUACUCUCACAGUCCGUCGGGAGGAACGCCCGGAGUUUCGGAGAGCGGUGAUCAGGAACAGUCGCUGCUGUAUCGCAACCAGCCCAGUCCCUAUGGCAGCGGUGCCCCCUUCGAAGACCCCAGCGUCUCGUCCGACUCGCUGCGUCGCUACACCCUGCACGACCCCGGAGUGACCGUCUUCGCUGCCCCGCCCUACCAAGAGUCCGAAGCCGCCGACAUUUACGAUGCUCGCGCCUCCGACCGCAGCGGGAUCAAGAUGGAUACGUGGCAGCACAGCCAGGCCGGCGGUGCCAGUCGGUCGACGGGCGCUCUUCGCCGAUACGGAACGAGAAAGAUCAACCUGGUGCAGGGCUCCGUCCUGAGUGUCGACUACCCCGUCCCCAGUGCCAUUCAGAACGCCAUUCAGCCCGAAUACCGCGAGGCCGAGGAGGCGUUUUCGGAGGAAUUCACGCAUAUGCGAUACACCGCGGCCACCUGUGACCCCGACGAAUUCACCCUGCGAAACGGAUACAAUCUGCGCCCGGCCAUCUACAACCGACACACCGAGCUGUUGAUCGCCAUCACCUACUACAACGAAGAUAAAGUGCUGACCGCCCGAACCCUGCACGGUGUUAUGCAGAAUGUCCGCGAUAUCGUCAACUUGAAGAAAUCUGAAUUCUGGAACAAGGGAGGUCCAGCCUGGCAGAAGAUCGUGGUCGCUCUAGUCUUCGAUGGUAUCGAGCCCUGCGAUAAAAACACCCUGGACGUGCUGGCCACCGUUGGUAUCUACCAAGACGGCGUGAUGAAGAAGGAUGUUGACGGUCGCGAGACGGUCGCUCAUAUCUUCGAAUAUACCACCCAGCUUUCGGUCACCGCGAAUCAGCAACUGAUCCGUCCCCAAGGCAAUGAUUCCUCCAACCUGCCGCCCGUCCAGAUGAUCUUCUGCCUGAAACAGAAGAACACGAAGAAAAUCAACUCCCAUCGUUGGCUGUUCAACGCCUUCAGCCGAAUUCUGAACCCCGAAGUCGCCAUUCUGCUGGACGCAGGAACUAAGCCCGGUCGCAAAUCCCUCCUGGCCCUCUGGGAAGCCUUCUACAACGAUAAAACUCUAGGCGGAGCGUGUGGUGAGAUUCACGCCAUGUUAGGAAAGGGUUGGGGCAAGGUCCUCAACCCACUCGUGGCUUCCCAGAACUUCGAGUAUAAAAUUUCCAACAUCUUGGAUAAGCCGCUGGAGAGUUCCUUCGGCUAUGUCAGUGUGUUGCCCGGUGCCUUCUCCGCGUACCGGUAUCGCGCAAUUAUGGGCCGGCCCCUCGAGCAGUAUUUCCACGGAGAUCAUACGCUGUCGAAGCGACUCGGUAAGAAGGGUAUCGACGGAAUGAACAUCUUCAAAAAGAACAUGUUUUUGGCUGAGGAUCGAAUUCUGUGCUUCGAAUUGGUGGCUAAAGCCGGUUUCAAAUGGCAUCUGAGUUACGUCAAGGCGUCCAAGGGCGAGACUGACGUGCCGGAGGGAACGGCUGAGUUUAUCGGUCAACGUCGACGUUGGCUGAACGGUUCGUUCGCGGCUGGUUUGUAUGCCAUGAUGCAUUUCGGACGUAUCUACCGCAGUGGUCACAGCAUCAUUCGUAUCGCGUUCUUGCAUCUGCAGAUGCUCUACAAUUUCUGUCAAGUCGUCAUGACCUGGUUCUCGCUGGCAUCCUACUGGCUGACCAGUUCGGUCAUUCUGGAUCUCGUGGGUACGCCUAGUCAAGGAAACAAGAACAAGGGAUGGCCGUUCGGUAACGAGGUCACCCCUAUUCUGAACAACUUUGUCAAAUUCUUUUACCUGUUUUUCCUGAUGCUGCAGUUCAUCCUGGCCUUGGGUAACCGACCGAAGGGAACGCGAAUUCACUACACUCUGUCCUUCCUCUACUUCUCUCUGGUUCAAAUCUACGUGCUGGUCGACUCUUUCUACCUGGUCGCAAGUGCCUUUAGCGGUGAUAUGAUGGAUUUCGACAUGGAUAACGGUGUCGGAGCCUUUUUGUCGUCCUUCUUCAGUUCCAGUAGUGGAGGUAUCGUGUUGAUCGCCUUGGUGUCGACCUACGGUAUCUACGCUGUCGCCAGUUUCCUGUACGCCGACCCGUGGCACAUCUUCACCAGUUCCUGGGCCUACUUCGUGACCAUGACCACGUCCAUCAACAUCCUGAUGGUGUACGCCUUCUGCAACUGGCACGACGUGUCGUGGGGUACCAAGGGAUCCGAUAAGGCGGAGGCGCUGCCCUCGGCGCAAACCAAAAAGGACGACGGCGAGAAGAACAACUUCAUCGAGGAACUGGACAAACCGCAGGCGGAUAUCGACAGUCAGUUCGAGGCGACAGUCAAACGGGCGUUGGCGCCGUUCAUCGAGCCCGAGGAAGACACUUCGCCCAGCUUGGACGACUCCUUCCGAAACUUCCGUACCGCGCUGGUCCUGCUGUGGGUGUUCAGUAACCUGAUCAUGUCGUUGCUGAUCACCAGUACCUCCGUGUCCCGCAUGUGCCUGACAAACACCUCCACCGGGCGAACGGCCAUGUUCUUCCAGAUCAUCUUGUGGGGAACGGCGGGUCUGUCGUUCUUCCGAUUCUUCGGAUCGUUGUUCUUCCUGGCCAAGUCGGGUAUCAAGUGCUGCGUCAACCGACGCUGA